AGUUAGUAAGUCUGGCCCCACGCCCCAGAGACUUUCGAUAGUGAUUAGUAGGUAUAGGCUUUCGAGGGUUUACGCAUAGGAUACAGCGGGAGAGACGGAUUGUAGCGAGGAUAAAAAUUUUCUUCGCAAACAGAUAAUCCAGUAAACUAGCAGUCAAAAACGUUAGCCUUUGUAUUUGGUUACUUUGACUACCUCGUUAAUUGAACAACAGACAAGAUGCAGACCAUCAAACUGCUCAGUAACGACAAUCAAACGUUUGAAGUUGAUGUCAAGGUAGCACAAUGCUCCAUGACCAUCAAAACCAUGCUGGACGACUUGGGUAUUGCUAAUGAAGAAGACCCGGAUGAUCAGCCAGUGCCUUUGCCAAAUGUCAAUGGUGGGAUUCUCAAAAAAGUCUUGGAGUGGUGCAAAUAUCACAAGGAUGAUGCUCCUGUCAGUGAAGACGACCAUUCUGACAAAAGGACAGAUGAUAUAUGUGACUGGGAUGCUGAAUUUCUGAAGGUGGACCAAGGAACAUUGUUUGAACUCAUACUAGCUGCUAAUUACCUCGAUAUCAAAGGUCUCUUGGACACGUCUUGUAAAACGGUUGCUAACAUGAUCAAAGGCAAAACACCAGAAGAAAUCCGUAAAACGUUCAAUAUCCGAAAUGAUUUUUCUCCUGCAGAGGAAGAACAAGUUCGCAAAGAAAAUAUAUGGUGUGAAGAAAAAUAGUCCUAAAGUUCCUUCCCAUUUUUCAUUAUUAUUUAAGCCGUAUCGCUUGUUUUCAAAAAAUGUAAGUAAUGUAAAUUAAAAGUUCCGUGAACUGUUCUAUUUUUGUAUUUCUGAAUUAAGCGUUACUCCAUUAAAAGAAUAAAAGAGUUUAAAUAUCCAGUUUUAAGCGUAUGCAUAGUUUUUAGUACUGUACAUUACGGGGUUAGAUGAAAACAAGUCUACUAUUAUUGUUAAAUAAUACUGUAUAGCACUUUUUCAUUAUUGUUUGUAACAAACCUGAAAACAGUGUUGGGAUGAUUUCAUGUUACAAGUAGUUCUUAAGUCUCUUGUACGUAAUUUUAAGAAUCGUUAUUAGAAAAUAGCAAAAAGUCUGCUAUACACUAUGCGGAUUUUCACACAAUAUGUUGUGGUUUUGUAAAUUUUUAUGUCUUUUCUCUUGUUUGUAACUUUGCAAGUAAUUUUAUAAAAAAAUAAACUUAAUGGUUCUACACUAAA